AUGUCUGCUUUGGAUCAAAUGCUCAGCAUCUUUGAUGAGGCGACUCGAAUUGUUAUUAGGAGUGAUAUUCAGAAAAUGGAGAGACGAAAUGCGAUGCCGAAAAAUGGAAGCGAUGUAAUUCAGUGGAGUAUUCCGGCAGAGAUGAGAAUGAUUACAAAUGCCAUCAAUGUUGAGCAGAUGGUUUUUGAUGCGCUUCAAGCCAAUGGGGAACAGAUUUCGAGCGAUUUUUCGGUGCCGGAAGGCGCAGAAUCGGCGGCGUACGAAAUGUUCGCGGAAUAUGCGCGAAAGCGACUUGAGACUGAUGUCGACUUUCAGGAGAAGGACAAGAAGAAUGAUGAAAACUACAAGGAUCUUCGGAAUUUCGCCAAUCAGUCAAACAUGUGA